CUACUUCUGUAUUCUAUGAAAUGUUGUUCAGACGUUGUUAGUUUGAACAUUGGACCAAUGUAAUAACUGCUGGUCGUUAAAAUGGAAAAAGAAAGUAAUAUUUUGUUGCUGUGUCACGCUAGUACGUUGGAACUGGGCCGGAAAAUAUGCAGUCUUAAAGUUGAAAAUUGCCCAAAGAUUAAACUCCAUGAAGAAGUCAGUUGGGAGAAAUUUCCGGAUGGAUUCCCAAACCUAUUCAUCCAGGAUGUAGAUCGCUGCAUCGGAAAACACGUCGUGUUCCUGGGAAGUUUCCAUUCACCUAAAGUUAUCUUCGAACAAAUAUCAUUGGUUUACGCUCUGCCAAGAUCAUGUGUCAGGUCGCUCACAUUCAUCUUACCUUACUUUCCCACGGGUACAAUGGAGAGGAUUGAUACUGAAGGACAAGUAGCCACAGCAAGUACCAUGGCGCGCAUGUUAUCUGCUAUUCCUCUAUCUGCCAUGGGACCUGCACAAAUAAUGAUAUUCGAUAUCCAUGUUUUACAAGAAAGAUUUUUCUUCACUGACAACGUGUUGCCACGACUACAAAGUGCGUUGCCAAGGUUACUGCAGGAGCUCAACAAACUAAAGUCCGAGAACUUGAACAUAAAGAUAGCAUUUCCUGACGAGGGUGCCCACAAAAGAUUCCGCGAUCAUUUUGAUGGAUUCGCCAUCAUCAGGUGUAUAAAGAAGAGGAAUGGAGCAAAGAGAGAGGUGUCCAUUGUUGACGGAAGUCCGAACAAUUGUCACAUUGUAAUCGUUGAUGACCUCAUAAUGACUGGCGGCACAGUGAACGAAUGUGCGUUGCUGAUGAAGAAGUCUGGCGCCUCUAGUGUCAGCGCUUACGUAACACACGCAGUGUUUCCAGCAGAUUCUUGGAAGGAUUUCUUAACUGAAAAUCACCAAGAAGGACGAGCUGCUCUUGACAACUUUUGGAUAACCGACUCGAUUCCUCAUGCAAGAGAAAUAUCAAACCAUGAACCAUUCAAGCUACUUUCAUUGGCGGAAAGCAUCUGUAGGUCCCUGCAUAAACUUAUCCUAGUAUGAACAAGUUACUGUGUAAAUACAGUAUCAAUACAUUUUUCAGGCAAAUAGGCCUCAGUUAUAGUUUUGUGAACAAUUUUUGUGAAACAAUUUUUUUUUUCCCCAAAAACAAUGUUUUUAUUGUCAUAGCCCAUUGUUAAAAAUAUUGCAACAAAACUUGUCAUAAAGAUUUAAACCCCAGUUAAAUAAUAUAAUGCUUCAGUUUUAAACUUGUCAUUUUGAAACGAUUUUGUAACAAUUUAGUUUCUUUUUAACUGAUGUGUUUAGACAAGUGGUAUAAUAGUUAUAAACUUAUACAUUUUGAAUUAUUUCUUUGAAAACAGCUCAAGUUUUUCUUUUUUAACAAUGAUUCCCCAAAAUGGACCAGCAUGUUAUGGUCAAUCUCAACAUAGCUUGUUUUCCAUGUUUUCAUUCCUUGAAUAUUCUAUGCAGUUUACGCAUUGUUGAUAUUUAUAAUACAAGAUCUUCACACCAAA